AUGGACUAUAUUCACAAGAAAACAUGGCCUCUGGACAUGUAUGCUGUGGCUGGCCAGCAAGCAAGGCAUGAUCAAAGGCGCUUCUUCUGCGAAUGCGAAGCGCACAGUUGGUUUGCUGUCAUGCUGCACGUGAAUUUGACACGCAUCUCAGGUCUCCCUUGCGCCAGGUGGCAGUCAAGCAUCCGACCCCGCGACAAAGCUUGUACUCUUCUUCAGUUUGCCGAACGCAUGUUUUCGCCACAGAAUUAUUUUGUGAUCUGGCUCGCAUCUUCAACAGCGCAAGCAGUAAUCCUCCAUCAUGGUGAUGUUAAUGUUGUUGCUCCAUUCUCCAACGUCUCCAUUGAGUCAGCGUACACGUUCACUACUCUUGCAGAAUCUGUUGGCCUUCAUACGGCGGAUCCCACUUCCACAUUUCAGUCUAUAAAAACUUUCGAUGUCUCCGAGCCGAAUCCAUCAAAAUCUACGACGACUGAACUCCCUCCAAUAGCCACUGUAAUCAGUGCUGCAGCGUUAGACGUAAAUGCGACCUCCACAGCAUCAAGGCGUACCUCCAAUGCAUCGUGUAUAGUCAACAUUCCAAGUGCAAAUCUUGAAUACUGGCAUCCUCCUACUUACAGCCAUGCUGUAGGGACUAUGACGACAGAGGCGGCAAAUUUCAGUGAUGCUGAGACGUUGACACUUGUCCCUCAAAAAACGGCAUUCGAUGUAACAAGCGCGCUAGCAACCGAUUACGCAUGUACUACGAGGUAUUCCUACAUGUCUGUAGUGGACUGGACUUUUUCUAUAUGUAUCGAAUAUACAGAAAAACCAGUUGCAACUGUCACAUCUAUUGCAUAUCGAUAUGCGUACUCUUCUUUCCCAGUAGGCAAUACUGCGCCAGUGGCAGAUAUCUUUUUGUAUGAUCUCUACACCAACGAUCGAACAUCUGCGACUACAACACUCUCGGUUGCGCCAAACGUGGUUCAGACUCAGACUUCUAAUACCCCAUUUGUUCAUUUCACAGAGUACGAAAUCGAGUCCGGCGGUCGGACGGAAACCUUUCAGUUACAAUCGGGGCUCGUGUAUCCUUAUUGGUUGGAGGGGAUUGAGCAACAGGCAACAGCAACCGGUCCGCUUCCGAAAGGGUUUAUAGAUCAGAUCUCUCAGUCCCAUUGCAAUACAGGAAAACUCCAGGCCGUGAUCACUGUCGUGAUCGUGGUAGAUCUCUACUAUCAGUUCUGGCCGGACCUCAAUCCUUUCCUUAUUCACUUCGAAUCAACGGCUCUUGGUUUCGAAGAUCCUCCGGUCAUUAUCAACCACAACAACCAAGAAAGUUCUAGCGCUGUAUCUUUCACGAUUGUAGACUGGGAUUUGACUAGUCUCGCAGCCAAGCCAAUCCCAACGAACCUCAAGCCCCAAGUGAGACCAAAUCCUGUGUCUAUAACUGCCAAUAGAGCACAUGACAGCAAUGAAAACAAUCAUGCCAGCCAAGAACCACAGAUAAUCCGUGUCACCGUUGGCAAUGUUGGCACAUUCCCAGUUGUCGUUGGACCAUCCUCACAAGUAAUGAUCGGCUCGCAGACAUUACAGCCCGGAGCAGCACCCGUUAUCAUCGGGGACGGAACUCGCAUUGCUCUCGCCCCAUCAGCUACCGCAAUCAUUAUAGGAGAUACGACGUCCCAACUUCCACGGGUGCUUGACCCAGGCACUCCAUCUUCUCCGUUGCCGCCCCCGAUCCUAACACUUGGCUCCUUGACGUUUACGCCAAAUGCUGCCACGCAAUUCCUCAUAGCUCCCGAUCAGACACUAAUCCCCGGCGGAGUUGUGACUCUCGAUGGAACGAAAAUCAGCCUCGCAUCAUCGGCCGCGUUCGUUGUCAUUGGAACGUCUACGGAAGCACUGCAGCCUGCAGUCCAGGCAGCCGCACCUGUCCGAAUAAACCGCCCUAAAAUUAUCGUAGCCGGCUCCACGAUUAUAGCAGAGCCGAUCAGGCAUGUCCGGAGUGAUUAUGAUGGUGUUGGACACAACGAUGCAGCGAACGGCGACUCGGGUCCAAGCUUCAUUGUCUCGGGCCAAACACUUGCUCCUGGCGGUUCUGCUAUUACUGUAUCUGGAACGGUGUUGUCUCUUGCAGCCUCUGGAUCUUUUGUGGUUGUUAAUGGGGUUUCAUCUUCGGUUUCGACUCACCUGAAUCCUCCAACAGCAGCACAUAUAACUGCACCUCCUCUUACAAUCGGAGAUAGAACUUUCUAUCCUCUUCCAGGCACUGAAACAGAAUAUCUUAUCUUUUCCAUGCUCUUGACCCCGGGGGGUUCCAUCGUCGUCGCCGGAACCACGGUAUCUCUCGCGCUUGGUGUCAGCGCUCUGGUCGUGAAUGGACACACCAGUCAUGUUGCCCUCCAGGCUCAGGCCGUCAUUACAAAUGCACCACUACUUACGAUUGGAACAAGAACUUACACGGCUGUGCAUGCAACAACUUUCAUUAUUGAUGGGAAGACCUUGACGCCAGGUGGCGUCAUCACUGUAGAUGGAACGACCAUCACGCUUGCACAUGGAGCCACUGCACUGGUUUAUGGAAGUGCGGGGCAUAGCACAUCCACUGCAUUGUUUCCUGCUACUACGACACAGAAUGGAGGCCCUACUUGUGCGUUGUGUCCUGGCGCGGCGGCGAGCGGUGGGGAUGCAAGACCGAUGGCGACUAGUUCGCAGGAAGGCGCGGCGGUUAGGUUGCACACCCACAUUUGGACCGCUGCUCUUGUCGUGUGUGUAUUUCUUAGUAUACGGGACUGA